AUGAUGUCCCUAGUGGAGCCCCCCGCGCCUAGACCUCGCACGCCAAUAAAGACACCCGAUAGCUCGGACUCUGGCUACGAGAGCUUGCUAUCUCAGGCAGCCAGCAUUCAGCUGCGAGAUUCCCGUACAUCUCGCGCAGCGCCGGGUCAUGCUCCUCCGGCUUCGAGCCAUGUCGCUAGGGGCGCGCCGGCCGAGGCGGGCUUGGCGGGCCGCCGAGCCACUGGCUUCAACGGCCUCUACUCCUUCGACAAGCCAGGCGUGUGCAUCAAGGACUACGUCGAGGUUCAAAACCGUAUCGAUGAAGGGCUCAUGUCGAGCCUCAAGCGUUCCGAGGGGCCGCCGGUGUCACUGCGUCUCGGCAUCCUUGGCAAGUCUCUGCAGGACGCCAGACCUCACUUGAUCAUCUUCUGUAGCAAGAAGCAAGCCAAGAGGGCCGAAGCCUUCCUCAAGAAGACGCGAAUCAAGAAGUUGCUCGAGUCGGAGGAUCUGACGGCUGGUCCACUGCGGGUCAUCGUCUGUGAUCAAGCACCAACUCUCACUGUAUUCGCCGAAUACAGAAAAAUUCACAUCGCAACGUCUGGAGACUGGGUAUCAUCUGGAUCUAGCUCCUGUGGACUUCCGAUUCGGAUUUAUUCAUCGGGAACUGGGCAGUUCCGAAAGUCGACUCUCGGAGGAAUCAUCCGCGUCAUAAUGAGCGAUGGUAGUUCUGACAUCUUCGGAAUCACAGCCGGUCACCCUUUCGAACAGUACCGAGACAGUGGAGUAGAGCCUGGCAGCGGCAGUGACUCCGACGACUCAGACAGUUCAAGCAUUUCUGGAAGCAACGGGAGCGUCCAGUCAAUAACGCAUGAGACCUCGAAUGCCUGGGAGUUCCAGGGAUUCCACGAAUGCCAGGCGAUAUUGUCCCCUGUAAGCACUCAAUGCAGGGAUGUCCAAGACCAUUAUUGGGAUUGGACUCUCAUCAAGCUUCGAGAGUGGCAACCCAACAGAGUCCGACAUGGAAACGGCUGGCAGACGUUGACAGAACCUGCAAAAGAUUUUCGUCAAAGAGCCUUGUAUCGAAAAGUUGAAAUGUUGAGUGCCUCCAGCGGCCCCGUCCCAGGAAGUCUCCACUUCGCAGGAUCAAAGCUAUGUAUUAGCCCCGGGAAGAUGUCCAUCGAAACUUUCAUCUUCGAACCAGAAGAACUAGGUGCUAUCGAGAAUGGGGACUCAGGCUCGUGGGUUGUCGAUCUCCAGACAAGAGAAGUUUACGGGCAUAUUGUCGCAGCAGACUGUUUUGGAGGGGCUUAUGUCGUGCCCAUUGACGCACUCUUCCGCGACAUCAAGCAACGUCUCGAGGCUGCGUCAGUGGAAUUGCCGUCUUAUUACAAUUCUCUCCCUUGCGCGUUCGAGGAUUUCAGGACCUUCGUUCAGGAUAGCCAGCAACAGGGCGAAUACGGCGAUGGCACGCCUGCAACGUACGUGUCCCCACAGAACUUGGCUGAAUAUUGGACAACGGACAUGAUCGAACGUUCCCUGGAACUGGACAGCCAACGACGAGAGGGUAAGGGCGCCAUUGAUCCCUUGAAGGGUUCGUACAUGGUAGUCUUUUCUAUUCUCGCAUACAUCUCCAAAGUCGGUCACCCAGCAACAAGCUACAUCAUCCGAUUCAUUGCAAUGGGCGAAGAUGAUAGCGCACUUCCCUUCCAGUCAAUGCCUAGCGCUCUUGUAGGCUUGCCCUAUUGCUCACAGAUCUACGCCGACUUUUCAGCCGUCCAGUGGAUGUUUCAUCCUCUCAUUAUACAACAGAGAGAUGCUCCGAGGGGUUAUCUCGAUCUUCGAACAGGUCGCAUUCUUGCUGCUAAGAGUCUUGGAAAACCGCCCGAGUCGGUCUCGAUCACUGAUGAGGAAGUGGUAAUAUCUAAAACUCGAAGUGAAAGUGGAAAGAUCACCGUCAUCUUGAAGAGCUAUUCCAAAGACAUCCGUGCUUUCCGCCAUGAUCUCGACACCUGGUCUUUGAUACAAAAGCUGAAGCAACCAGACCAACAUAUUUUAUCUAUCAUUGAUGCUUUCAAUAUCGAGACUCCCUCGGGGGAGACGAAGAUACUGGUGACUGAACGCCCUGAGCUAGGUACCCUCUUGGACCUGUUCCGUCAGAAUAGUCCCCCAUACACGCAGGAGGAUGUGCGAAUAUUCUGGAACUCUAUCCUCUCACUGCUAAGCACUGUCAAUGGCGUGCAUCGCCAAAUGCAAUCAAAUCUACAUUUGAGAUUCUGUGAUCUUCUGAGCCCUUCAGACAUCUUUGUAUUUACAGAGAGCAACAGUUCUAGUGGGUCUGGAUACCGACUGAAGCUGAACAUGCUGGCUGGAAAUAGAUUCCGGACCGGCAAAGCGGCCGUGUCAGCUCCAUACCACGAACGAGGACCAUACUAUGCCCCGGAGUUUACAUACGAUGGACCCUCUCAGGAUGAUUCUCCGGCGGAUAUCUGGUCCCUUGGCUGCCUUGCAGUCGAGACAGCGAGCUGGCUCAUUGGUGGUGAGCGCGGGCGCAUCGACUUUCAGAACGCCCGAAAACAUGAGAUCGAUGGAUUUCCCAAGAGCCUAGGGGAACAACUAGGCAACUGCUUCCACGACGGAGAAAACACGCUCAACUCUGUCCGGGAUGUCUACAAGCUGGCCACGAAGUAUUCCAGAAGAUCAGACGACAUCACCUCGAAAAUCGUUGGAGUGUUCUUGCGCGGCGCCUUGGCUGGCAGUCCGGCCCGGCGAUUUCCAGCCCGCCAGUUGCAAAUGUCUGUUCAAAUGAUUCUGGACGAUGAGAUAGAGGGUAUUGCAAGCUCUCGUCGAUCAUCAACUUGCAGAGAGGACACCCUCGAUAUGAAACAUCGCGUGAGUACGAGUUACUUUAGUGGACCAAGGUCCCACGCCUCGUCAAGGACUUCCAUCGUGUCUGCGCAGUACGUUGCCAACUCUCACUCUGUUGCCGUGAGGCCCCAGAGUCCUCCUUCUUCUAUCGCCCAGAAGGGCGUGCGGGAAACAUCUAUCUAUAGUGUAGGAUCACAGGAGAAAGGGAUCCCGCCGAGCCGUCAAUUGCUGUUCAACAGACACGAGAAGGAGGGAGCAACCUUCAGCCAAGCAAGGUUUCCAUUCCUUGCUCCUCAGGGAGUUGAACGGAAUGCACCCCUGUCAUCAUUGAGUAUCAGUUCGAACUCAGAGCCGAUCGACUCUGGUAUUGCACUGUCUGCUGGUAGAGCUGGGACGCCAGGAUAUCAACUCUAUCCGCAUAUCACUCUAACACAAGUGAUGAUGUGGAUUGAUGAGAAGAAGAAGGCCAGUCGAGGGUCCGUCAGAGGCUUUCGGCAGGGUCAGAUAUCGCUACCGGGCCAGGACUUGGCUCUGAAGGCUCUCUCAAACAGAGAUAUUAUCUUUCUGGUGGACAAUUCCACGACGAUGCAGGCAUACAAAGGGGAAGUUAUCGAUACCUUUCACGCUCUGGCCUAUCUCGCGAAACAAGUUGACUCCGACGGUAUCGAAGUUUUCCUAAGCAGCAGACCUGAUUCACGACUACAGGCAAGGAACACAAGUUCUCUCGUGAAAUACGUCCAAUCGCAUUUCAGCCCUGGCCGACUGGAGUUUGGAUUGGGUCCCUGUUUACAGAAAGUGGCUGGAGACGUUUUGAGUACAAGCAACCAAGGCCGAAAGAGCUCCAAAGCCAAAGGCAAGAGCUUGUACAUCCUGACGGAUGGAGUUUGGGAUCACUCUGAUACCGGCGUCAUCCGCAAUUCUAUCCACCUGCUUGGAGCUGAGAUCAAACGGAGGAAACUUAACCGGACAGAUAUCAUGAUACAGUUCAUUCGGUUUGGAGACAGUACUGCAGCAGCACAGCGCCUGCAGCUUCUGGAUGACGAUUUGUCGAUCGCUGACUACGAUAUCGUGGAUACAAAAUCGUGCAAGGACAAUGUAUGGUCAAUGCUCGUCGGCUCGAUUGCCGAGAGCAUGGACGUGACCAAGAACGAGAGCGAUGACGAGAGAAUCGGAGACAUCGGGAUAGAUAGUUGA